UGCAGAAGCAUGUGUGCCCUUGAAUCGGGCCAGUUUGUGGCUAGGGAAAAAUUUUGCAUUUGGGCACGGACCCAUAAUUCUAUAUGACUUGUAUCAUCACAACUUAGCAUACUUUUAAAAUGACGACGACGUUCAAAACAGAGCUACGGCAAGUGGGUGACUGUCGUUGUGGAGAGAACGUCCGGACGCUGGGCUCCGGCUCACCGUACGACUACUCAUUCCGACCGAAUGUCACGGUGGACAAGUAUAUACCGGGGGUUUCCAUUCCGGCCAAUGCAACCUCACUCUGGGAGCGAAGUGCGCUGGGGAAACACCCACUGUGCCCACCCAUUCGGGCAACACCGCAAAAAACAUUCCAUAGCAAAUACACCAUGGCUGACUGGCAGCAGACGAACUUCGACAACUUGAACAAUUCCGAAGGCGACCGAAACGUCGGGGAGCAUGUGCGCUGUGAUUCCCUCCGCACCAUGAGAAAUACGGACUGCCUGACAACCUUCGGACAACGAGAUUCUACUCAGCGUCUGGGCGAGCGAAUAGGGGACGUAAACUACUGGAGAAACGAGGUGCUCCACGAACUCGAAAUGAACGUAAUUGAAACACAAAAGAUGGAAGAAAUGAAGCGACAGGCCGAAUGUUUGCUGCGCGAGCUAGAAAAUCCUCUGAAAAUCGACCGGGAGAGUUUGUACGCUCGUGACCAGCGGAUGGGCAUCGACCUUGUGCACGACUGCGUCGAAAUCGGCCUGAACCAUGAGGUGGAGACCAUAAAGGCGUUCCAAGAGCGCAUGUGCCGCCUGCUCGAGCGGAUCGCGCAGACCCUGCAGGAGCUGUGUGACUCCCGAAACUGCCUGGAACGCGACGCGCUCGACAAGUUCGCCACGCUCAACAUCGACAAGUACUCGCACGGCCUCAACAACUCGUCGCCGGGCAUAGCGUUAUACCCGGGCAUCGAGCAGUGGGACAAGACGAUGAGCACGCCGGAGUCGUGGCUCGACUACACCAUCCGGCUGGUGCAGCGGUCGCAGAACGCGCGCGCCGAGAGCUCGCGCCUGCGCGCAGAGGCUGAAGCCAUGAUCGCCGCCUCUGUCAACGAGCUGUGGCAGGCCUGGAACAACACCAACGAGGCGCUGGCGCAGCGCAUCCAGCAGACGACCGACAUGAAGAACAGGGUGCAGGCGGAGCUGUCGCGGCUGGUCCAGGAGCUGGCCGACCAGGAGAAGUACCGACAGGCGCUGCAGAAAGCGCUCGGCGACAAGUGCCCGCCACUCAAGGUGGCGCACACGCGGUUGGAGCGGCGCACGCACCGUAACUGCAUGGAGCUGUGCCGCGACAACGCCAUGAUUCGGCUGCAGGGCGAGGUGCUCGAUCUGUACGGCAGCAUCGACCAGCUGAAGCAGAAGUUGGCCGCCACCGAGGCGGCCAUCGCCGCGCUCCUCCGCCGCAAGAACAAGAUGGAGGAGGAGCUGCAGAUCAAGACCAACUCGCUGCUGAUCGACAGGGAGCGCGUGCUGGGCGCUCGGCGCGCCUUCCCAAUCACGUCCGUGGUCACCAAGUGUCAGUAGGCCGUAGGCUGUCCAAAGCAUGUCUGCGUGCCGCAAAUUUCGUGCCAUUGUCGCCUUUCGUGACCUCCGUGGUUAUGAUGGGCAACUGGUGGCAGCGCGUCGAAAGUGUCCAAUGUCCGCGUGAGCAAAUUACUGCCUGGUGUCAUGAGCAAGUCAGCAAUGUUCCUAACGUCCAUGACCGAAGCGCCUUUCCCUGACAAAAUAUAACGUAUCACUUAAACAUA